AAGCAAUCUGCUGUUUAAUUUGCAUAUUAUCGCUCAACCGCAUCUGGUUUUUGGUAAUGAUUGAAUAACGUUCUUUUAAAUUUUUUGCGACUGCUUAUACUUGAAGGACAUCUCUGAAUUGUUUGAUUAAAUAUGUCAAAUGAAACAGUUUGGUUUGAAACAGUUGCGUGGCUUGUUUUUUUUCUUAUCUUCAUUGAAAUUGGUUGGAUAUUUGGCAAACGGUUCAAUCCCGGGAAUAAAAGAAUUGGAGUUGUUGUACUAGGGGAUAUUGGAAGAAGUCCAAGAACUCAAUAUCAUGCUAUAUCUCUUUCACGAAAUGAAUUUUCUGUUGAUUUAAUUGGCUACAAAGGUUCGAGGAAAUUAUUCUUCAAUAUAAUAUUCAUUUGUGGAUAUUAAUUCUAUUGACAAACUAGGCUCGAAUGUUCACCCUUUGAUACGUGAUAAUUCAAAUAUUCAAGUUAAGAAGCUAUUAUCAGUUCCAAAAUUCUUUAAUAGUAUGUCUAUCAUUAUUAAUAUUUUACAAUUAAUCAGUUUCUAACAAGAUAUUUACAGAAUUCCCAAGGCUAGUUACUUACAUUAUGAAAGUCGUUUGGCAAUCAAUUACACUUUUCAUCACACUCUUACAUUCACAAAAAGCAUCCCAUUUGCUUAUGCAAAAUCCGCCAUGCAUACCAUCUUUAGUAAUUUGCUUAAUAGUAUGCAAACUACAAAAUACAAAGCUAAUAAUCGAUUGGCAUAAUUUUGGUUAUAGUAUAAUGGCAUUAAAUAUGUCCAAACGUCAUCCUCUCGUAAGAUUCUCUAAGAAAUACGAAGAAAUCUUAGGAAGAUAUUCGGAUGGAAAUAUUUGUGUUACAAAAGCAAUGCAAACAUUUCUAAACGACAAAUGGGGAAUAAAAUCAACAGUUCUUUAUGAUAAGCCAUUCGAUAAUUUUGGAAAAGCAAAUCUUGAAGAUUGGCAUAAAGUCUUCUUAAAGUAUACUGAUCUAAGUGAAGGAAAGGAUGAAAGUAAAUUUACAAAGAUUAAUGAGGAAGGAAUUGUGGAAUUGAAAUCUGAUAGGCCUGUAUUAAUUGUUAGCAGUACCAGUUGGACUCCAGAUGAAGAUUUUUCAUUAUUAUUUGACGCUAUGAAAGAAUACGACAAAGAUUGCAACCUUCCUAAAGCGUUUUGCGUUGUUACUGGUAAAGGUCCUGAAAAAGAGAAAUAUAAAAAGUUGAUUAAAGAAUUUCCAUUUAAAAAUGUUCAAUGGUCAUUUCCUUGGUUAGAACCGGAGGAUUAUCCAAUUUUAAUAGGUUCAGCUGAUCUAGGAAUAUGCUUACACAUGUCAUCAAGCAAUCUUGAUUUACCCAUGAAAGUUCUAGAUAUGUUUGGGUGCGAAGUUCCAGUUUUAGCUGUCAAAUACGACUGUAUCGGUGAACUUGUGCAUGAGAAUACGAACGGAUUACUUUUCGAUACUGAUCAAGAGCUUGCUAAACAAAUUAAGAUGAUCUUAGAAGGGUUUCCUAGCAAAUGUAAUAAACUGAACAAAUUUAGAGAAAACCUAAAAAAUUACCCUAAAUGGCAAUCCAACUGGAAUUCUAAUGCAUUGCCAAUAUUCUCUAAUGACCAGUAA